AUGGCGCCUGCUGUCCUGAGAGAGGAGCUAACCUGCCCCAUCUGCCUGAGCAUUUUUAAAGAUCCUGUACUACUGAGAUGUGGCCAUAACUUCUGCCUGGGCUGUAUUGAGAAAUUACUGCGUAUCCAGGAUAUAUUAAGUGUUUAUAUCUGUCCUCUGUGCAGGAAACGGUUUACUAACAGACCUGCACUGCAGAGGAACCUGAAGUUAUGUAACAUAGUAGGAGUUGUAUUCCCUACUCAUCAAGGGACACAUUCUGGGGUUUUCUGCACUUACUGUAUUCUCUCUCCUGUACCUACUACUAAAUCCUGUCUGCAUUGUGAGGCUUCUCUGUGUGAUGCCCACCUGAGGGUACACAGCAAGUCUGAGGAACAUGUAUUAACUGAGCCCACCACUUCCUGGGAACAGGAAUCACACAGAGCUGACUUUUGUAGUGCUGAGAAGGGAGAUAAUGAGGAGAGAGAUGAUAAACAGGUCCCUGCUGGAGAGGAUUUGGGUGAGGGUUUGAUCUCUGUAACCUUAUACAGAGGUUUAGCUGAUAUUGUGACUGAUAUAAAAAAAAGACUCUAUGUACAGGUGACAUCAGAUAUAUUACUGGAUGUAAACACAGCUCCUAAUACUGUAAAUGUAUCUGGUGACUUAAAAACUGCAUCCUGGACAGAAUUAAACCAGGAUUGGGCAGAAUCAUCACAAAGAUUUACAGAUAAUGUUCCUCAGGUAUUAAGCACCAGGAGCUUUUCCUCAGGACAACAUUACUGGGAAGUGGCAACUAGUGAGGAAGGGGAAUGGGGUUUGGCAGUUUGUUAUCCCAGUAUAGAAAGACAGGGAGAUGCGUCUGAGCUAGGAAAGAAUAACAAGUCCUGGGCAUUGUAUGGUAAUGAGAACAAAUGUACAGUUGUACAUAACACAAUAAUCUCCCCAUUAUCUCACUGUCUAUCCUGUGACAGAGUAGGAAUACUGCUGGACUAUGAGGGUGGGCGUCUGUCCUUUUAUGAGCUGUGUGACCCAAUCAAACACUUACAAACCUUCACUGCUACCUUCACUGAGCCUCUUCAUGCUGCAUUUUGGGUAGGAUUACAUGCCAGGGUGAGCAUCAUGACCUAG